GUGGCAACAAGGCUACGAGCUGGCUAAGGCUAGCAUUAGCAUUAGCCACAUAAUGUUAUUUAAACAGCGGCAUAGUCGGACAUGCUAACACUUCAUUAACAGCGCUUAAGCCCGUUUGUCCUGCAGUAUCAACACGGACCCGGAACCGCACUAACCUGGGAGAUAAACGCCUCAAAACCGACGGCGAGACCUCAGGCCGGAGAUGGAGCCGGGGACCUCACGUGAAACCACGACCACCGCGGGGAUCACUAGCCCGGCCGGCCUGCGAGAGGAGACCCCGGGGGAAGAGGCGAGAGGUGGAGCAGGGAGCACGGGGAUGCUGAGGCGGAGAGGGAGUGAAGGAGACACCGAGGAGGAGGUGAAGGAACAGGAGGAGGCUGAAGGAGAUGCUGGGAGUCAGAAUAAAGCCAGAGAGGAGGAAGAGGAGGCUGGGAAACAUGAGGAGGAGCUGGACCCCAGAAUACAGGAGGAGCUGGAGCAUCUCAACCAGGCGAGCGAUGAAAUCAACAAGCUGGAGCUGCAGCUUGAUGAUGCUCGCUCCAGCUAUAGGAGGAUUCUGACCGACUCUGCCAGGAAACUGAAUGGUCAGGGCUCACAGCUUGGUGCCUGCAUUGAGAAAGCGAGGCCGUACUACGAAGCUCGAAGGCUGGCCAAAGAGGCACAGCAGGAGACCCAGAAAGCAGCUCUGAGGUACGAGCGAGCAGUGUCAAUGCACACCGCAGCCAGAGAGAUGGUGUAUGUAGCUGAGCAGGGUCUGUUAGCAGACAGAAACACUAUGGACCCAACAUGGCAAGAGAUGCUCAACCACGCCACCGCCAAGGUGAAUGAGGCGGAGGAGGAGCGUCUCCGCAGCGAGCGGGAGCACCAGCGGGUCACUCAGCUGUGUCAGGACGCAGAAGCUCGUGUUCAGACUCUGCAGAAAUCCCUGAAGAAGGUCAUCCUCAAAUCUAAACCGUAUUUUGAGCUCAAGGCACAGUUCAACCACAUCCUGGAGGAGCAGAAGGCUAAGGUCGUCCAGCUAGAGGAGCAGGUGGCAAAGGUGAAGACUCGCUACUCAGUGGCUCUGAGGAACCUAGAGCAGAUUAGUGAGCAGAUUCACGCUCAGAGGGGACGGGUCACAGCCAGCAGGGGGCGUGCUGCCAUCUGCGGGGGGCGGAGUUCUCCAGUUGGAGCUGAGGCCGAGGUCAGAGCAGCAAGCGGGAUGCAGGUCAGCAGCUCUGCGGGUGGGGUUGGGGGGAUCGAGAACGACUGGGUGGAUGGAGAGAAAACCCGCCUAUGGGUGGAGCGUCACAGGGAGAGCGGAUGGGGCCAGAGGGAGCGUCUGGAGGCGGAGGCGGGGUCGGACUGCCUGUCCGUCAUCAGCCUCCAGACCAUUGCCUCUGACCUGGAGAAGUGCGACUCUGUAGAGCACCUGGGUGAGCUGAGUGACGCUGGGAGCUUACUGGGGGAUGAGUGGGAGAGAGAGAGGAAGCGGGGUGACAGGCCAGUCAGUAUGAUGGUGAGGGCGGGGCCUGAGAAGGCAGACACACCCCCACAGCAACAGGAGGAGCAGGAGGAGGGUGGAGCCAGAGUCAGCAAGGAGAAACAGGAGAGCUUCACCAAACAGCACCAUCGCAGCGUGAGUCUAUGAGAGCCAUGAUGCAGAAGGUUAUGAAACACAGUCAACCACAGACAUUGGGACAGGAUCAGCUGAUUUUAAUCAUCAUAAUCCUUUGAUCCUACACAGUAAAUGAUCUAGAUGGUUAGACCACACAGCGACUGUUUGUAGUAACGUUAUCACAGUGGCGAUUCCACAGACUUGAGAUCUCACAGAAACUCACAGGAUCAAGUAUUACUUCAGAAGAAAUACAAACAUGGAGGAUGACUGAAAUCCUUAGCUGGCUUUUCUGGUGAACGCUAUAAUCACAGUGAAAACAACGUGGAAAGAAUCUUUUCCUUGUUGAAUCCUUAUUGAGUUGGCGGUAUCAUUUGUUUACAUUCACUGAAACGUUUUGGAUCUGUACAAAUACAAAACAUUCAGUUGGUUACACUAUUGGUCUGCUCACUGUAUAUAUAACUGGAUGUUUUGUAUUUACAGUGCCAUGAAAAAGUUAUUCCCCCUUUGAUUCCUGAUUUUUUUUGCAUAUUUAACACAUUUAAAUGUUUUGGACCAUGAAACCAAUAUUAAUAUCUCGGUUUCUAAAUGAGGAUUUAAUUUAAUAAGGGAAAAAAAUUCUAACCUAUCUGACCCAAUGUGAAAAAGUAAUUACCCCCUGAACCUAAUAACUGGU